AUGGAACAAGACGAAAACGAAAGUAACAUAAACAAAAGUAUGAAUGAAAACGAAAAUAGAGGUGAUGGAAACUUUUUAUCAGAUCCGAAAGGUGAGAGGUUUUUUGAAUUUCCAUGCAAAAGAAGUUUGGCUGAGAGAAGGGGUUUCAAUAAAAAUGUAACUACAACCUCAUUGGUUUCGGUUCCAGCUCGAUCACUGCAUCUCACAAUACCUCCGGGAAUACCUCCGGGAAUUAGUCCAACCGCAUUGCUUGAGUCCCCCGUCAUGCUUCUUAAUUGUCAGGUCGUGCCGUCUCCCACCACAGGGAGUUUUUCCAUGCUUCAACCUCCAAUGUUCACUUCUGUUGCAAAAAAUGAAAGAAACAUGGAUAUUUCAUCUUCCUCAAAUAUUAUUGCCUCUUCCGAAUUCAAGUCUCAAGUCGAUUUUAAUUCUAAUUCUCUAAAUCAGGGUUCUAAUAAUUAUCACAUGAUGAAUGGAGAGCAUAAAGAAGACCAAAUAUUUGUUCAAGGUCAAGCACCAAUAGAUUUUUCAUUCUCAGAAGAUUUUUCAAAUAACUUAUUUAAAAAUAAUGGAUUCCUUUUUCACAAUGAUUUGAAAAUGGUAGAUUUGGUGGUUGAUAAUAUUGAUGUACCAAUCUCUCAUUCCGAAGAAGUUAGUGAUGAAAGUAAUCUUCUUGAGAAUUCGAUCCCCGUCGUUGAUGAUAUUGGACAACAACAUGUUUUAGAAGUAGAACAAAAAGAAACAGGUUAUGCGAUCGAAACGAAGAACACUGAUGAUGGUUAUAAUUGGAGAAAAUAUGGACAAAAACAAGUAAAAGGAAGUGAGUUUCCAAGAAGCUACUAUAAAUGUACUCAAUCGAGUUGUCAGGUCAAGAAAAAAGUUGAAAGAUCGCAUGACGGCCAGAUAACUAAGAUUAUUUACAAGGGUAAUCACAACCAUGCGAAACCACAUUCGAAUCGUCGAGGAUCAAUAUCGUUGAAUGAUGAGAUUUUAGAAGCUGCUGAAGCCAAUGAAACACGCGAUAAAGUUAACUCGCGAGAAAAUGAUGUAAACCAUGAUUCCGAGUUGAAGCUUGAUGAUCAAGAAAGGACAUCUCCGUCUUCUGUGACCGAGCUUUCAGAUCGCAUGAAAAGAGGUAGAUUGUUAGGUGUGUUUGAAUCAGAUGAAGCCCAAGAGAAUUCUUCUGCACUUGUUAAUCAUGAUGGUAAUAAAAAUGGAUCCACUCAAACAGUUUUACCGAAUGAAGAUAGUACUGAAGAUGGUGAUUCGGAAUCGAAAAGAAGGAAAAAGGAAAGCUAUCCGACUGAACCAAUGGUGUCUGCGAGAGCUAGCCGUGAGCCACGUGUGGUAGUCCAAAUCGAGAGUGAAAUUGACAUACUUGAUGAUGGUUAUCGUUGGCGAAAGUACGGGCAAAAGGUUGUCAAAGGGAAUCCAAACCCGAGGAGCUACUACAAAUGCACAAGUGCUGGAUGUGGUGUAAGGAAACAUGUGGAAAGAGCUUCACACAAUCUAAAAUAUGUGAUUACUACUUAUGAGGGAAAACAUAACCAUGAGGUUCCAACUGCUAAGAAUAACAAUCACAUAAACUCAAAUGAUUUUGGUUCACAUUCAAGUGGUGCUAAUGGGUUACAUGGGGGUGCUGGUAACCUAAAGUUUGAAACUCAUCAACCCCUUGCAUCUCAUUUUGAUAGAAAACCCGAUUUUAGCGAUGAGUUUGUGCGGUCAAGUUUGAUGGGAAGUUUCGCGAAUGAUAUGAAGUUUGGACCUUCCUCCAUAUCCCAAAUGAAGUAUUCUUCCUUGGAUAGUGUUGUACCAUAUGGAUGCUCCUAUGGAACAAAUCUCGAAUGUGGUGUUGCGCCUCAAGUCGGACAUAUUCCCCCGAUGUUCCCAGAAUUUCCAAUGCCACUGCCAUUGAAUCCUCCUUCAUCUGGAAAUUUUUCUCUAGAUGGUGCUAAUUUCAGCUAUGCAAAACCAUUGAAUUAUGUUCAGUCUUACCUUUCAAAUCAACAGAUGAGGGACUUUGAUACUGGAUUCCUAAGGCCUAAAGAGGAUUUGAAUGAUGAGUCUUUGUAUACUUCAUGUCAAUCCUCUUUUCAUCUUGCAAGUUCCUCACUGAAUCCACCAUCAACAUCACCACCACAAUCCAUUUAUCAAAGUGUCAUGCAGAAUUUCCCUUCCUAA